AUGGCUGAAUCUCAGUUCUCGAUCGACACGUCGAAAUAUGAAUUGAAUUGGAGUGAUUGGAAGUCAUGCGAUGAGGAUGUGAUUGCAAAAUUGAAUGGUUUGAUCAAAGCAUUGAAAAGUCUAGAAGUCGAUGCUGUUACCAUUCUGCCAAAGUUGCAAAUUGGUUACCAGGCUUCGAUUCGUAUCUUUGGCGAAAACGGUCAGGAUCUAUGUAAACCCAAAGUAGUUUCAACCUGGCUCUCUUUAUUGUUAACAUUAGCAUCGUCAAAAGGAGUCACAGGCGAGUCCGUUGCUUCUUCAUUCGCCAAAGGUUGUGGCGGUUGUAUGGUUUAUACAAUUUUAAUGGUUGUUGGUUGCUUUCCUUCAGAAGACAAUGUGAAGUUAGCAUUCGAUUUCUUUCGUUAUAUCUUAGCUGACGUCGAUGGCAAAAUAGUAGAAUUAGACGAAGUACGCAAACUUUCAUCAUUAUUAGUUGAAAGCAUUCCAGCUGACGAUGAAGGUAUAAAAGUGCGUGCCAUAUGUUUGGCACUACAUUGUUACUAUAAUAUGAGUGACACACAGGAGAUAAAUCUCAAAACAUUGUUGAAUCCCAUCGAAGGACUUGGCGCACUAUGUACGUCAAAAUCAUUCGUAGAAGAUAUGAGAUCAAAUCCAUCUUCAACUAUCGAUAUACUCAAACAAAGCAUGAUGAACAAAUCAUUUUCAGAAAGUUUUGUCAGAAACCAGUGGCGAUAA